UAAUAAUCAGACUUCUUUCUUUUUCGUCUGAUUUAUUAAUAAAAUGGUCUCAAACCAUUGUCCUCUUUAGACCUUCGUAAAACUACAAAAAAAUUACACAAGCAUUGCAUUAGCAACAACGUUAGCUUAGCACGCUAUACAGGUUCAUUAAACAUAAACAAAAAGCGUCUCAUACAAAAAAUAUAACAUUUCGCUUACUAACAUAAUAUGUACAUUAUUUACAACAACCAUACUUAUGGACAAAUCUUGUCCAAGGAUCAUAUAGGCACAACAUUACAACGUAGGCGUCAGCCCGAGAUGUCGUGCAGCCAUAUUGAACUGGCAAGACAACAAUAAACCAUGUCGCAAAGCGACCACAAGGGUUCGCUGUUAGACAGCACAAAAAGCCUUGCUGUAAAACUUACCAAAAGGCAGAAUACUGUCUGAGCGGGACAUGUGUGUUAAUUGCGUCAAAUAUUUUAACGUGAUUAAUUUAAAAAAUUAAUUACCGCGCGUUAACGCGAUAAUUUUGACAGCCCUAAAAAAAACAUUAACAAAACACUAACAAACACGAACAAAAGCUUAUGUUGGUCUUAACAUGGAGCAGCUGGAUUUACCCAUGUAAAAUGAGGCAGACAAGAGGGCAGUGUAUCCACCCAAAUCAAUAAAAUUAAAUGCAAACACUUUCAAAUUAAACUAGUGCUGUCAACAUCAUCGCGUUAAUGGGCGUUAAUUCAUUUUUUAAAUUAAUCACGUUAAAAUAUUUGACGCAAUUAACGCAUGCACUGAAUGACCCGCUCACGCAUUGCCUCAAACAGAUUACAAUGACGCCGUUUAUGGACAUUAAGAGUGAAGAGAAUGCCACCGGCCGCUUGGGGGCAGCGCCGUUCCAUACUAAUGUUAUUCCUUCUACUAGUGGGAGAAUUAGUAGUUGUGAGACGUUUAUGCUGUUACAUUGUGCUAUUUGUGCUCCACGCAUAUUUCUGUUGGCCAAUUGGAGGAGGGCGUGCCCACCAGGCAAUCACGGCCGCUGGCAGGGGUCCCAGGGCACCAUGGACGGUGGCCUCAGGGUCUUCCUGUCCACUGUGCUGUGCCUCAGCCAGUCCCUGCUUAUUAGCUGCACACUUCAAUAUCCAUCUUUCCGCUCUGAGCCCGCCUCAUUGGUCCAGAGUCCUGGUUCGGCGGCUCGCCUGCACUGCGCCGUCAGGCCCCCAUCGGCGGCGCUCUCCUGGCGCUUUCGUGGUGCCCCCCUGCUUGUCGAUACCCUGCCUGGUGUGGAGGUGAACGGUGGUACUCUCACCAUCACCUCCCUGCAGCGUGCCCAUGCCGGUGGAUAUCAGUGUGUGGCACGGUCUACCCAAGGAACAGCUGUGGCGAGCCGGUACGCGCAUGUGGUGCUGGCAGAAAUCUGGCAGUACGAAGACAGCCGCCGGCGCUUGCUGUCUGUCCAGGAAGGCGGCGCGGUCGUCAUCGAGUGUCCUCUGCCCCGAAGUGUCCCGGCGGCCUUGCCUAGGUUACGAGUGCGAGGCGAACGUGUGGAGAAGUCCACAGAUGACUACUUGGUUCUUCCAUCUGGCAACCUCCAGAUCCCGAACGUUUCACCCCGCCAUCAAGGCACCUACAAAUGUGGCUCGUACAAUCCCGUCACGGGCGAAACUCUCACACAAACCCAUGGUACCAAACUGUCUGUACUAUUUGCAGACUCCCCAUCCUUUCCAAUGGAAAUAGUUUACCCCAUCACCCCCAUGACUGUAACACUGCAGCGGUCACAGUCGUACACGCUAGAAUGCGUCAUAUCCGGAAGUCCAUCCCUUGCGUCCACGUGGUUUAAAAACGGUGAGCGUGUCCAUGUCGGUCCUUCUCUGCGACGCCUACGCGACAAUUUGGAACUCGUCUCUGUGACGACGGAUGACGCCGGGGUGUACGUUUGCGCCGCUGAGAGCGAGCGAGGGUCGGUCAGGAGCGCCAACUACACCGUCAACAUUCUCGAACCGGCGACUAUGUUAGAAGGCCUCACUGACCAACAGCUAGACUCGCCUGGAUCCACUGCUCGUUUCAGCUGCAGAGCUGCGGGAAAUCCCGCCCCAAACGUCACCUGGCUGUUCAACGCCGAACCCUUAGUCGCCUCACAUCGCGUCCUGAUGUCCGGUAACCAGCUCGUCAUCAGGGAUGUGGUUCUGUCGGACCAAGGCGUGUACCAAUGUCUGCUGGACAACGGCGUCGGGUCAGCGCAGUCGUCGGGAAUGCUGACGUUUCAGACUGAAUCAAAGCCCAACGUCGAUGUUUGGCCUUCGCUACCGCCCAUGCAGAGCGACGAGGGCAGCGAUCGCUUCGUGGCGGAGGAGGAUUCGGAUGAGCCGCCGUUCGACGGGGGCGCCGACGGUCUCACGCCUGACGCGCCAAUCAUUACCAGCCCGCCGCAGACCUACAAACCGGACGUGUACGACCUGGAGUGGAGAGCUGGACCCGACGGCGGGAGCCCCAUCAAUGCAUAUUUUGUCCGAUAUCGUAAGGUGGACGAGAUGGCUACAGUGAUGGAAAGCUGGCUGACAGUGCGAGUGCCUGGCAGCGAGCGGUCGCUGCGGCUUUCAGAGUUGGACGCGUCCAGCUUGUACGAGGUGCUCAUGGUGGCUAGGAGCUCGGCGGGAGAGGGCCAGCCGGCCAUGCUUACAUUUCGCACUGGGAAAGAAAAGAGCGCCUCGUCCAACAAAAACCCCUCCAACAAACCUCCCGUCGUCCUGAUGCCGCCUAAAGCGCCCGAGGACAAAACGCCCAACACGCACUUUGGCGUGGUCAUCCAUGAUAGAGUGCCGGAGGCGCCCGACCGGCCCACCAUCUCCAUGGCCACCGAAAGCUCCGUCUACGUCACCUGGAUCCCCAGAGCCAACGGCGGAUCACCCAUCACGGCGUUCCGAGUGGAGUACAAACGCAGCCGUAGCACCGAGUGGGGAGUGGCGGCCGACAAUAUCUCGCCGCUUAAGCUUUCAGUGGAAGUUCGCAAUCUGGAGCCUGGCGCCACUUACCGGUUCCGCGUGGCAGCCAUGAAUUUGUACGGCGAGAGUCCUCACAGUGUGGCGUCACGGCCGUACCAGGUGCCCCAAGCUAGUCCCCGCAUGACCGACCGGCCCGUGGUGGGACCGCACAUCUCCGCCACCGACGCCAUCAGCGACACGCAGAUCAUGCUGCGAUGGACUUACAGUCCCUCAAGCAACAACAACACUCCCAUCCAAGGCUUCUAUAUUUACUAUCGACCCACCGACAGCGACAACGAUAGCGACUACAAGCGUGAUGUAGUUGAAGGUGUGAAAGACUGGCACAUGAUUGGUCACCUGCAGGCUGAGACGUCGUACGACAUCAAGAUGCAGUGCUUCAACGAUGGAGGCGAAAGCGACUACAGCAAUGUCAUGAUCUGUGAGACCAGAGCUCGCCAGUCUCCGGGUUCGCCAAGCCAGCGGCCCGUCACACCGCCGUGGCCUCACCCGCAAGAGCCCGCCGGACCGCCCGGGGGGCUCCUGUAUCUCAUCGUGGGUUGCGUGCUAGGAGUGAUGGUCCUCAUUCUGCUGGCCUUUAUCGCCAUGUGCUUGUGGAGGAACCGACAGCACAACAACACACACAAAUACAACUCUCCUGGUUACUUGUACCAGCCGGCGGACAUGAACGGACAUGUUCUUGAGUACACCGCAAUGGCCGGCGCCGGGCGUAUGAACGGAGGUGUCCACGGGGGUUACGGGCACAGUGGCGGGGGCGGCGGUAUGUUGCCAUUGGGGUGCCACCAUCUACAUCACAAACACACCAACGGCCUGCACAAUGGCAACGGCGGACUCUAUCCUGCCGGACACCCGCACGGCCACAACGGCACUCUGCCUCACCCUCACCACCACCACAACGGAGGCGGCAUGUACACAGCUCUUCCUCAGUCAGAAUCUUCGGAGUGUAUGAGUUGUCAGAACCUGUGCAACAAUAACAGGUGCUACAACAAAAGCAACGGCGUGCUAUUAGGCGGGACGCUUCCCCUCAUGCAUAGAGCGGCGCCAUGCCAGCAAGACGGUCUGGAGAUGGUUCCGAUGGGCGUGGCGCCGUGCCGCGGCUGUACCCCGACAGGCGAGCGGCCGGCCACCAAGCUCGACGUGGCGCACCAGCCUGACGAGCACCAGGAGUCUUCGCCUUCGCGGCGCUCGUGUUAUCUCGACGGAGACGACACGGAAGGACCGGCGGAUGACACAGCAGAGGAGGAUGUAGACUGUGUGGAUCAGGAGAGUCCAGAGCUGCGCUGGGACAGCCUUCCCGACUCGGACUGUGACGAAAAGCCCGGCUGGAUAUCCGACAGGGGCGAGCUGAUCCAGCCCAGUCCCCAGACAACCGGAAGGGCGGAGCUACUGAGAGGACAGUCGGAGGACCUAAGUGAGGACUUUCUGCAUCAUGGACGGCCAGACUCCUAAAGACUCCUUUAGAUGACUUAUUUAUUUUUUUCUAGUAGUAAACUAUUAUUUCAUAUGAAUGUAUCUGUGUCAAAGAGCAAAGUUGUCAGUCUUUUAUAUUAUUUAUGCUUUUUUUGUGUGUGUUUGCUUGAGAAUUGUUUUGUGUUUCGGAGAUUUAGCGACUUGUAAAGUUUUGUAAUAAUAUAAAGAGAAGAUAUG